GUUCGUCUUUAUCAGUCUUCGGGUUUGCCGUAGUCUUCUCCUGAUUCCAUCAACCUUGGCCCUGCAGAUUAUCAUUGCCCUCCUAUUAACCGAUCCGCUAUUCAUCAUGGGCAGCACUCAAGUCCCGCUCGGCGAGUACAUCUUCCGCCGUCUGUACAGUCUCGGAAUUAGACAUAUAUUCGGAGUUCCAGGGGACUUUAAUCUCAACCUCCUCGAUCAUAUAGAUAGUGUCGACGGCCUGAGCUGGAUCGGUACUCGCAAUGAGUUGAACGGCGCGUAUGCUGCAGACGGGUAUGCUCGCUGUCGUGGCUUGCCGGGCGUCCUCGUCACCACGUACGGUGUUGGAGAGCUGAGUGCCAUCAACGGGAUCGGUGGUGCAUUCACCGAGUAUGUCCCUCUUAUACACAUUGUGGGCAUGACGCCGAGAUAUGCGCAGGAAGCUCGCUUGAUGAUCCACCACUGCCCAGGAGAAGGUCUAUCGCAUAAACUGUAUACAACGGUGUCAGAGCCUCUUUCUGCAGCAACGGCCAUCCUAGAUGAUGAUGCAUCCUUCACACAGAAGGUCGACUAUGUUAUUGAGUCUUGCUUCAAGACGAAGUUACCUGUGUAUCUGUAUAUCCCCAUUGACACACCUGAUAUCAUGGUGGACGCUUCCCGACUACAAAUCUCGCUGGACAUCUCAAUUGCAAAUCCCGGUAAGGAAGGGUUGGAAGAUGAGAUCGUGCAGAAAAUUAUCGCGUCCCUUAAUGCUGCUCAGAAACCAGCAUUUCUCAUCGAUCUGUUGACACGGAGGUUUGGACUGGCUCCCGAUGUUCAGGAGAUAUUACGCUUGACGGGUUUACCGGGCUUUGUUACACCACUCGGAAAGUCCAUCGUCGACGAGACCAGUGAGAACUUUGGUGGCCUCUAUGUAGGCGCAAUCACUCCAGACACCAAUGUUAAAGAUGCCGUGGAGAGCUCUGACCUUGUUAUCUACGUUGGAAGAUUUCCAACUGAUUCAAACACGGCCGGCUGGUCUCAGAAGCUGGCAACCUCCGGUACUCUGAUUGUUUUACACCCGAAAUAUGUGUCCCUUGGAGAUAAAACAUGGGAAGCUGUAUCCUUUGUUCCUAUUGUUAAGAAGCUGCUUGAGCAACUGAGGAAAGGGUCCAUUACGAAAAAAGAUACAUAUAUCAAACCCAACAAAAUUUCGGUCCCUCAAUUCUCAGAGAAACUCCAUGGACCUCUUCGGCAGAAAUCCUUUUGGGACUGCUUUGCUCCAUUUCUCAGAGAUGGCGACUGCGUCAUUGCUGAAGUCGGCACGUCCCAGUAUGCAACCUUUGAGCUUCAACUACCUGGAAAAGCCGAUUACCAUACCCAACUGUUUUACAGCUGCAUCGGCUUCAGUGUUGGCUUGGCUCUGGGCGCUCUAGUGGCCAGGAAAGAAAUGGGGCUGACAGGCAGGGUUGUCCUAUUUGUUGGAGAUGGAAGUCUACAGUUGACAGUCCAGGAAAUCAGCACCAUGAUCCACCUCGGCUUUAAGCCUCUCAUCUUCAUCAUAAACAAUAGUGGCUACACUGUCGAACGUGUCAUCCACGGUCCAUCACGCAAGUACAAUGACAUCGACCCCUGGAACUUUCAAUAUCUCCUCCCAUUCUUCGGCGGUACCCCUGAGAACUCUAACUUCCAUUCCGUCGGCACAUACGAGCAGCUUCUCCCACUGUUGAAGGACAAGGACUUCGCCUCCACCAACCGUAUACAAGUGGUUGAGUGCUUGCUGGACCGGUAUGAUUCGCCGCAGCUAAUGACAACAUUAGUCGACUUGGGGGCAGCGGGCAAAGCGAAGGUGUUGGAGAAGCUGGAUAAAGAGGCAGGAAGAACUAGAGUGAAGCUAGAUGGGACGUUGACAGAGAGUGGACUCUCAACCGAGUAAGGGGCCAUUAUGACCUAUCCCCCGUUUUUUGAUAAAUCUUGUAUAGAUGAAAGAAUAUUAUGCAUGGCACGAGAGCAUAGAUCUUGUACUGCUUGGUUUAUAUGAUUAAAUAACCAUUACUCCAUUACUAUACAGCAGUACCAUAUAACUUCUUUUCUUAAAUAACA